AUGGCGCCUCCAACGAAGGGACCCGGGAAGCGACCCAAGACCCUGAAGAGGGAUACCAAGCUGGAGAAGAGGAAACAGCAAUUGCAGAGCAUCGAACAGCUCGAAAAGGCCGUCAACGACUUUGACCUCAAGAGCGAAGUGAAAAACUUUUCCGAACUCCCCCUCUGCGAAGCGACCGCGACUGGCCUCGAGAAAUCCCACUUCCAGACCCUCACCGACAUCCAAUCUCGCGCCGUGCCCCUCGCCCUCAAGGGCCAUGACAUUCUCGGCGCUGCGAAGACGGGCAGCGGCAAGACGCUCGCCUUCAUCAUCCCCGUGCUAGAGAAGCUCUACCGUGCGCGCUGGACCGAGUUUGACGGUCUCGGCGCUCUCAUCAUCUCCCCGACGCGCGAGCUGGCGGCUCAGAUCUUUGACGUUCUGCGCAAGGUCGGCCGCAACCACGCCUUCUCCGCAGGUCUCGUUAUAGGUGGUAAGAGUCUGAAGGAGGAGGCGGAGCGUCUGUCCAAGAUGAACAUUCUCGUCUGCACGCCCGGUCGCAUGCUGCAGCACCUCGACCAGACGGCCGGCUUCGACGUUGACAACCUCCAGAUCCUCGUGCUUGACGAGGCCGAUCGCAUUCUCGACAUGGGCUUCCAAUCUGCCGUCGACGCGCUGGUGGAGCAUCUCCCUACGACUAGACAGACUCUGCUUUUCAGCGCGACCCAGAGCAAGAAGGUUUCCGACCUUGCGCGUUUGAGCCUGAAAGACCCGGAAUACGUCUCCGUGCACGAGGAGUCUACACCAAAGAACCUGCAGCAACACUACAUCGUCACCCCGCUCCACGAAAAGCUCGACACACUAUAUGGAUUCAUCAAGGCGAAUCUGCGAAGCAAGAUCAUCGUCUUCUUGUCCUCGGGCAAGCAGGUGCGGUUCGUGUACGAGAGUUUCAGGCACCUGCAGCCCGGUAUCCCCUUGCUGCAUCUUCUCGGAAAACAGAAACAGCUUCAGCGAAUGGAGAUCACAAAGCGCUUCGCCGAGGCGAACCACUCCUGUCUCUUUGCGACCGAUGUCGUUGCGCGAGGUGUUGAUUUCCCCGCCGUCGACUGGGUCGUCCAGGUCGACUGCCCCGAAGACGCGGACACCUACAUUCACCGAGUCGGCCGUACGGCAAGAUACGAGCGGGAAGGAAAGGCAGUGCUGUUCCUCGACCCGAGCGAGGAGAAGGGCAUGCUGAAGCGCCUCGAAGCGAAGAAGGUCCCCAUCCAGAAAAUCACAGUCAAGGAGAACAAGAAGAAGAGCAUCAAGAACCAGCUGCAAAGCAUGUGUUUCCAGAACCCGGACCUCAAGUACCUCGGCCAAAAGGCCUUCAUCAGUUACACCCGGUCAGUGUACCUGCAAAAGGACAAGGAGGUAUUCAAAUUCGACAAGCUCGACCUCGAUUCCUUUGCUUCCAGCUUCGGUCUUCCCGGUGCGCCGCAGAUCAAGUUUCAAAAGGGCGGCGACGUCAAGAAGCUCAAGAACGCGCCGAGGGCAGGUAUGUCCAGCGGCGAGGACUCGGACUCGGAUUCGGACGCGCCCAAGAAGCCCAAGAAGAACGAGGUGCGCACAAAGUACGACCGCAUGUUCGAGCGAACCAACCAGGACGUCCUCUCAGGCCAUUACACCAAGCUCGUCGCGAACGGCGAGGUCGACGGCCCCGCGGUCAACGGCGACGAAGAGGAGGACGACUUCCUCACGGUCAAGCGCGUCCUCGGCGACGACGAACUCGACGAGGAGUCCAAGACGGCGCCCGGGGCCAAGGCCAAGGUCAUCUCUUACGGCGGCCAGGAAUUCAUCGUCGACUCGAAGCGUCGCGAGAAGGCGCUGCAAUCCAAGAAGAAGAUGCUCAAGUUCAAGGAGCGCGGCACGAAGCUCGUCUUCGACGAUGACGGCAACGCCCAUCCCAUUUACGAGCUGCAGAACGAGGACGACUUCGUCAAGGAGGGACCGGCGGAGGAGCUCCGCCAGAAGUUCGUCGAGAGCGAGGCGGCGCGCGUCAAGGAGGCCGAUGUCGACGACAAGCAGCUCGCCAAGGACAAGAGGAGGGAGAAGCGGCUCAAGCGCAAGCAGCGCGAGGCCGAGGAGCGCGGGGAGGGUGCGCCGCAGCUGGUCGAGGGACCGCGGGUUGGCGGCGCAGACGGCGGAGAGGAUCCGUUGGCGCUGCUGCGGUCGCUGCCGAUUGCCGGCGAUGGGGACUCGAGCGGCGGCGAGUCGGAGGACGAGAGGCCGAAGAAGAAGCCCAAGAAGUGGUUCCAGGAAGACUCGGACGACGAGAGAGAGCAAAAGAAGAAGGCGAAGAAGGGUGGCAAGGUCCUCGAAAUCGACCGGGAGCCCGAGACACUCGAGGAUCUCGAGGCCUUGGCUUCAGGCUUGUUGAAUUAA